UGCGGAGAUGUGACCUAUCUGCUUUUUUUUUUUUCCCUCAACCUCCAGCCUUGCAGACUCCAUCCCCUGGGAAGCACGUGGUUUUUAGAAAUUAAAUCCUCAGCGAGUCGCUACAGGAAAGGCCACUGAAGGGGUUUUUAAUUAGGUCCAAAUAUCAUCUAAAGUUUCGUCAUUGCUUUCGCAAAAUCGUGCAGGAACCUCCCAAAGCUUUGCACAUCAGCCGGGCUGUCGGGAUGUCCGUGUGUUUGGGGGCUUUCGCGCAUUUGCUGUUGUUUGUUGAAAUUUUAGCGAGUUUCUUUGCAACCCUGGGAACAAAGCCUGGAUUUUGCUGCUUAACAGAAGCAACAUUUCUCACCCAUUCAGCUGGGUCCCAGAGCAUGGACUUUUUGAAAUAUGAAAGCUCGGUUUCCAGGGUUCUCUAUAGGUGCCCAGUACAUUAUGCCUGUCCCUGCCACACUCUAUAACACCCCUCUUCGAUAUUUGCAUGUGAGCGAUGAACUCAGUCUCCCGUGCGUGCUCAGGGCCGUGGACGUGCUGCUGGCCGGGAAGCCAAACUGCUCAGAGAUGUCAUUGCCUGAUCGUCCCUCCUCGAGGGAGCAUCACCAGGGUCUCUGCUCACUCUCCAGCACUGGCUUUUACCAAGCACGUAAGAUCUUUGCAUCCUCAACUCCAGUGUUUGGAUUUGGUGGAUGGUGGGUUAAAAAAGUCACGGGUGGAAGGGAUAGCCUGCUUUGCCUCUUGUCCCGCUGCCAUGUCCGUAUUCAGCAAAGUGUUUCAUUAACUAACAACGUUGAGCUGUUGGGCCCAGCUCCAGCGAAGCAUUUUAAUAAAGUUAGGGGUGUAAAUAAGGCUCUGGACCCGAGUAAAGUUCAGUCUUGGUUGUCUCCGAGCCUUGUCCUCCGCAGUUUAUAGUGUAACAAAUACCAAACGGCCCAUUCCUAAAAAACCCAACUUUUUGCAUGCAAAGCACAACGAAGGCUCUAACGGGCACCAAAGCCUCUUCCAAAGCUGAGGGCGGGCUGUUGAAGAACCGUCUUUGCUUGCAAAUCCAGCAGUGAGGAAGUCGCAAGGGUUCGUGCAGGUGCAAUGCGGUGUCACCCUUCGUGUCACCCGCAGAAGACGUGUGAACCUCAUCGUCUCAUCCCCCCUGCCCUCCGUCGGCAUCAUUCCCGGGAAGGAGCCACCCCGAGGUGCCUCAACUGUCUUUUCUCAGUCUCAAAGUGACUGAUGAUAAAAUCGGUCCCUCCUCCUUGCCCCAAGGCUUUGUUCCAAGCCAGGAAUAAAUUCCCAUGCCACAUGAGACGUGCCAUUACCACCCCAAAACAAUGCCAGGCAGAGAAGGAGAAAGCCAGAAAGCCUUCCAGAAGAUAUUCCCAGAGCUAGCCACCGUCCCCAGUUUCACUGCCAACUCCCAGUUGCUCUGGCUGCCAUCCAGCCACUGGUUUGGCUGCACUUUUCUCUGCUGGAUUUCAGCGCCCAGGAGCCUCUCUUGCUAAAAAACCCCUCAAGUCUCCAAUGAAGCUACAUCCAGAUGAUGGUGAAGUCACCUCUCCACAUUUUAUUUAGCGACCUUAGCAAAUGAAGGUCCUCCAGCUCCUCCAUGCAAAGCUGUUUCUCCAACCUUCAGAGUCUCUUGGUGCCAGCAGCUUUGUGGUGGAGCUCCACAAUGUCAACCAAAGCCGUGAAGAUACUCUUCCUGCUGCUGCUCCUUCUCCCCAUGGUGUCCCAGGCUGCUGCAGUGUCAGACACUGUGACGUGUCGGAAGAUCAAGGGCGAGUGUGCGUUCCUGCUGUGUCCCUUGUUUAAGAGAGCCACCGGUACCUGCUACAACGGACUGGCAAAGUGCUGCAGGCCCUUAUGGUAGCAUGACGGGAGUUCCCAGUCCACCCUCUGCCAUGAAAAUCCUUUCCUUUCUCUUUGCUCUUCUCUUGGUGGUGUUUCACGGAGCUGCAGGCUUUGUAAAAUCUCCAAGACCUUUUAUACGAUGUGGAUAUCGUGGGACUUUCUGCUUCCCUGGGGUAUGCCCUCGUGGCAACACUUAUCUGGGGAUAUGUCGUUCGGGGCAGUCUUGCUGUAAAUGGUUGUAGUGUGGUUAAUUGCAGAAGAUCUGCAGGGAUCUGGGGAUGAUCACUUUUUACAUCAUUGGAUUCAGGGUACUGUUGUACCGGUCAUGAAGGAUUUGUCAUUCUUCUUUCAAUAAAAGCAAGAUCUGGGGACAUUGUA